GAAAUGAGUGUAUUGGCAGCACUUAAUCACACCAAAGACGUAUCUAUUUUGCUUUUGCACGAUAUUUGAACUGGUUUUUCAGUUAGAACGUUGUUUGUUGUGUUGUGUUGUUGAACAUGAGUGACAGUGGCGUAGAUUGUGUCGAAGGUGAAAGAGUGCACUUAGGCAACUUCAGUUCACCUAAGGUGCUCUGUGAUGAGCUGAGCUCCAUUGCCACUGAUGGACAGUUACCUGACGGGUUUCAGUUGCUAAAACCUGAAUCUUCAGGAAGACAAAGGCACAGUUCUUUGUGUUCACCAAGCAGAAAACACCCUGACCAACGGAGGCGAUCGCGUUCUGUACAACUAGACAAAUCAAAUGAUUUGCACUUCGAAAAGAAGUCUCUACAGAAGAAAUUUGUCAGUACAGCAGAAGCUAUGUACAAAUUCCAGAGAAGUACACCUGAGAGAUUCCAUACAAAGCCUGUUAUAGAUGGUUCACAGAGGUGGCAGGCUAGCCAAGUAAACCCAUCUUACAAGAAAUUACGGUGUACUGUGCCACAGUCACCUAACUUCACUUCUCAUUUACGUGUCAGACCUGUAACUUACCUGUCAAAAGAGGAGCGGGAGGAGGCUGAACUGCAGCAAAUGCAAAAGUACAUUUUCAAGGCAGCACCAUUAAAAGCUGAUAUCUUAAAGGAACCACAAUUGCCCAAGAAAGUUGAUCCAAAACCAGUGACGAAACCUAGCCCAUUUCAGUUGACUGAAGUGAAGAAGUUUAAAAAAGUCGCAGAAGCAGUAGCUAACAAGGAUAUGGAGCAGAAGGGUGUAAAGAAAGCAACACCUAUAAAGCGUGUAACAGUACCUGCACCAUUCACAUUUGAGGAGAGGGACAGAAUAAGACAGCAGCAGAAAGAAGAAAAAAUAAGACAGGUUUUAGAAGAAGAGAAAAGAGCUCGGGAAUUCCGUGCAAAUCCAAUACCCAAAUCAGUAAAAUGUUCAGUCUCACAAUCAGAAUUAAAAUCUCACCCUCCUACACAACCCGAACCUUUCCAUUUGUAUACUGAGGAAAGAAGAGUGCAGCAUGAAGAAGCACUGAAAGCAAAACUUGAAGAAGACCGUCGAGCAGCAGAAGUGACACAGUUUAAAGCCAGGCCUCCUGUUGUCCUCAUGAAAAAACCUUUUGAACCAGUGAAGCCACACCGUGUGUUCAAAGAAAUAACAGCUAUAUGUUUAAAUACUGAUAUUCGUUCAAAAGAGCGUGAAAGAUUUGAAAUGAAAAUAAAGGAAAAAGAAAUGCUUAUGGAAGAAUGCAGGAGACAACUCAAAGAGGAGCAGGAAAGAGAAGAGGAAGAAGAAAAAGCAAGACUGCGCAGGGAGGCUAUUCAUAAGGCCCAACCCAUUUCCAAAUAUGCUCCUGUUGUAGUUGCAAAAUCUACAAAAGAACUGACUGUACCAGAAUCACCAUUUUCAAGAACUAAGACACACAAACACUGACUGAGGUUUUAUGACUUGGCACUAUUAUACAUUUGUAGUCCUUGUUUAUUUUUGAUAUGUUUUAAAACUAUAUAUUAAUAUUCUUUAAAAGCAUGUUUAAUAAAGUAUCUUGUAUAAUUAAAUGUCAAUAGUUGUCUGUAGAUAGGAAUGUGUCUAUUUUUAAUUAGACUGGGAAAGUUACAUAAAAGUAUCUACCAAAAGUGAUUACUUUAUAACAAUGGUAAUAGUGUAUGACAGAAGGGCUCAUGUUGUUUGUACAUGAGCUUUUUCAAGAGCUAAUGCAAGUAAACAAAACAAAUGAGAUUUUAUUAUUUGCCAAUGUAAUUUUAUAUUUCUUGUUUCAUUUUUGACAAAACUAUUUCCCAUACUUUUUAAAAACAUGGUUAAUAAACUUCUUAUUCUAAUGAAA